AUGCGGUUCCAAUUCAUUCUCAUCACUUGUCUCACGAGCAUUGCCGCUGUGCAUGCCCUUCAAGCACCGACUUGGCCUCAAUUAUCCUCACUGGUCCGGCGACAAGGCGGCAGCACCUGUCCUUCCUUCUGGCAGACUAUCGGCAAAGAUCUCCAGCAAUCAUUCUUGACCACGGACAAGCGAGAAUGCAACGACAUGGCGCGAGCAGCGGUCCGUUAUGCAUUCCAUGAUGCUGGAACAUUCUCCCUCAAACUACCAUUCGCUUGGCCUGCCGCGGGUGGCGCCGAUGGUAGUCUUCUGCUGGCAUCCUCGGAGAUUGGAAGACCCGCGAACGGCGGCCUAGGGCCCUAUCACGGCUUCAUCGGUGGCAAGCUGGGCUCUUACCGAAGCCAGUUCGGCAACGGCGUGGGCGCGGCUGACUUGAUACAAUUCGCUGCCAGUGUGGCGACGGUUGUCUGUCCCGGAGGACCGAUCGUGAAGACGGUGGUCGGCCGCGUUGAUUCGACGCAGGCGUCGCCCGCGAACUUGUUGCCGCCAGGAUUCGGUCAAGGAUCGGACCACGAUUCGCUGCUGAAUUUGUUCUCCGAUAAGGGGUUCUAUGCCAAAGACCUGGCAGCUCUUAUUGGGGCACAUAGUGUUGCGACGGCCUUUGCGCAAUCAGGGAAUGGCGUCCCGGUGAACGCUUCUCUGGACUCAACACCCGGCAAAUGGGACAACAAUUUCUACGGCGAGACGUACAACCCACCACCUGGCAUCUCUCGUCUCCAGUCGGACAUUAAUCUUUCGGACCCGGCCAAAGCAGUCGGUCAGGAAUUCAGGGGAUUCGUUGGGAAUCCCGCCAAGUGGGCCUUGGCUUUCGCAGACGCUAUGCAUCGGUUGAGCGUGCUGGGAAUUCCACAGGGAAUAUCGCAGGGCUUUGCGGACUGUACGUCUGCUUUACCCGGCGGGACCGCUUCGACGAAGAGAAUGAGGAGUGCCCCUCUGAUGGAGCGCUGGGUCAAGUGA